GAGACUGGGGUGAAGAGGGUCACACAUAUGUGAGUACCUUAACUAUCAGAAGCCUUUGGCCGGUUUUUCCAAAAUCAGAGCUGAAAGGAGCGGAGUUAAUUUGUUUGCUCAAAAGGGGUUUGAUCGAAUCGUUUCAAAGAGAUGGAGCACAAGCAUGUUUUGCUGUCAGCACUGAGUGUUGGGGUUGGUCUUGGAGCUGGCCUUAGGUUGAGUUCAGGGCUUGGAGGGGAUCACGAGUCUGGUGAUGAGCUUUAUGGUGAGCAGAUUGAGCAGGAGCUUAUGAGGCAGGUGAUUGAUGGCAAGGAAUGUGAGGAAACAUUUCAACAGUUUCCUUAUUACUUGAGUGAAAGAACUCGAGAGUUAUUGAUUAGUGCUGCAUCUGUUCAUUUAAGACAACUUUAUUUUUCCAAACACACCCGGAACCUUUCCCCGGCAAGCAGGGCAAUUCUGCUUUCUGGACCUGCAGAACUUUACCUGCAAACUCUUGCCAAGGCUUUAGCACAUCGCUUUGAAUCAAAGUUGCUGCUACUAGAUGUUGCUGACUUCUCUCUCAAGAUACAGAGCAAAUAUGGAUGUUCAAGAAAAGAAUCGUCUCCUAAAAGGUCCUUAUCUGAGGUGGCUUCAGAGAGAUUGUCUGGUUUGCUUGGUUCCUUAACAGUUCUCCCUUCAAAUGGCAAAACUAAAGGCACUUUUCACAAAGGCAGUAAUACUACUGGAAGUCCCAAGGUUACUUCAAAGCUUCAGGGGAAUACUGCUUCCAAAUCAUCCCCUGCAAAUUCAGCUUCCUUGAAGAACAAAAGCAGCUUGUGUGUCGAUGAAAAACUCUUUAUGCAGCUGCUUUUUAAGGUCUUGGCUUCUGUGUCAGAAAAGAGUUCCAUCAUUUUGUACAUCAGGGAUGCUGACAAAAUUUUCCUUCAAUCAGAGCAAUUGUAUAAUUUAUUUAAAGAAAUGCUAGAGGAACUUUCAGGGCCAGUCCUGAUACUUGGUUCCAAGAUUGCAGAGAAAACCAAAAAACCUGCAGAUCUCCCACCAUGGCUAGCUCCGCCUCGCAAAGUGGAUAAAUGUUCAAAAGUUGAUGAAAGGCUUGCAGCGUUAUUUCCAUACAUCAUUCCGAUCAAACCACCAGAAGAUGAGAGUGAUCUUGAAGAUUGGAAAACCCAACUGGAAGAGAACAAGAAAAUAAUUAAGUCUCAAGAUAACAGAAACCACAUUGCUGAAGUACUGGCAGCAAAUGAUGUUGAAUGUAAAGACUUGAAUUCAAUCAGCCAUGAGGACACAAAGACAUUAAGCAGAUAUAUUGAUGAAAUUGUGAUAUCUGCAAUAUCUUACUACUUGAUGAAUACGAAGGAUCCAGAAUAUCGGAAUGGGAGGCUUGUAAUAUCAUCUGAGAGUUUGUGCCAUGGUUUGGAUCUAUUUCGCAAACAGAAAAGUAGUGCCAGUGGAAAGAAGGAAGAGACUGGUGGAAAGAAGGACGUUCGUCCAGACAAUGAAAAUGAGAGGAACAUAAGAUCAGAACUAGUCCCCGCAAAUGAGAUAGGAGUUACAUUCUCGGAUAUUGGUGCAUUAGAGGAGGUUAAGGAAUCACUCCAAGAGCUAGUCAUGCUUCCUCUUCGAAGACCAGACCUCUUCAAAAGUGGACUUCUUAAGCCUUGCCGAGGUAUAUUGUUGUUUGGGCCACCAGGUACUGGAAAAACAAUGCUUGCAAAGGCAAUUGCAAAGGAAGCGGGAGCAAGUUUCAUAAAUGUCUCAAUGUCUACCAUCAUGUCAAUGUGGUAUGGAGAAGCUGAAAAGAAUAUCCGAGCUCUGUUCUCACUAGCUGCAAAGGUUUCUCCAACUAUUAUUUUUAUUGAUGAGGUUGAUAGCCUGCUUGGGCGACGGUCAAGAUGUGGAGAGCAUGAGGCUACAAGGAGGGUUAAGAAUGAAUUCAUGACCCAUUGGGAUGGUCUAUUGACAAAACAAGGGGAGCGAAUUCUAGUUCUUGCUGCAACCAACAGGCCAUUUGACCUUGAUGAUGCAAUCAUAAGACGGUUUGAGCGAAGAAUCAUGGUUGGUCUUCCAUCAGUUGAGGCUAGGGAAAUUAUCUUGAAAACUCUCCUAGCUAAGGAAAAUACUGAAAAUUUAGACUUCAAACAGCUUGCACUCCUGACAGAGGGAUAUACUGGAAGUGAUCUCAAGAAUGUGUGCAUUGCUGCUGCUUAUCGACCUGUGAGGGAGCUUAUUAAACAGGAGAGAUUGAAGGAUAUGGAAAAGAAUGAAAAAGAAGUUGAAGGCCAAAGCUCAGAAGCUGCUUCAAGUACCAAAGAGGAUAAAGAAGAGCAUGAAAAGAAUAAGAAAGAGGCUGGAGAACAAAGUUCAGAAGCUACUUCAAGUACCAAAAAGGAUAAGGAAGAGCAUGAAAAGAAUAAGAAAGAGGCUGAAGAACAAAGCUUAGAAGCUGCUUCAAGUGCUAACGAGGAUAAAGUGGAUCCAAAAAUUACCUUAAGGCCUAUAAACAUGGAAGACAUGAUUCAGGCUAAGAACCAGGUUCCUGCAAGUUUUGAUGCUGACGGAGCAAUAAUGCAUGAGCUGAAGCAGUGGAACGAGCUGUAUGGAGAACGAGGUUUGCGGUUGUAAUGACACUACCUAAAUGUAUUUCAGUUAAUUUCCUCCUUUAAUAUCAUUGAAGUUUUUAUUAAGCAGAACAUUGUCAUUUUGAGCCUAUGCUUGGAGGGUUGUUCCAAGACACGGUAUUUGAGACUCAACAAGAAAUGAAGGCCUGCUUGGGACGCAAGCCUCAAUUUCAAGGGAUUGGCAUUGGAAAUAAGAUUUUAAAAUUAUGUUUGGUAUGA